AUGUCAAAGGAGCUUAAUCAGUCUGUUAUGUCAGGCAGUUAUCUACCUCUAACACCAAUCUUUCUCAAUCCUUUUUCAAUCCUUCUUUUUCCAUCUUUCUUUAUCAAUCCUUCUUUAUCAAUCCUUCCUUCUUUCUCAAUCCUUCUUUAUCAAUCCUUCUUUUUCCAUCCUUUUUAUCAAUCCUUCCUUCUUUCUCAAUCCUUCUUUAUCAAUCCUUCUUUUUCCAUCCUUUUUAUCAAUCCUUCCUUCUUUCUCAAUCCUUCUUUAUCAAUGCUUCUUUUUCAAUCCCGCUUUCUGAAUCCUUCUUUCUCAAUCCUUCUUUUUCAAUCCUUCUUAAUCAAUCCUUCCUUCUUUCUCAAUCCUUCUUCGUCAAUCCAUCUUUAUCAAUCCUUCUUUCUCAAUCCUUCCUUCUUUCUCAAUCCUUCUUCGUCAAUCCAUCUUUAUCAAUCCUUCUUUCUCAAUCCUUCCUUCUUUCUCAAUCCUUCUUUUUCAAUCCUUCUUUAUCAAUCCUUCUUUCUCAAUCCUUCCUUCUUUCUCAAUCCUUCUUUAUCAAUCCUUCUUUAUCAAUCCUUCCUUCUUUCUCAAUCCUUCUUUAUCAAUCCUUCUUUUUCCAUCCUUUUUAUCAAUCCUUCCUUCUUUCUCAAUCCUUCUUUAUCAAUGCUUCUUUUUCAAUCCCGCUUUCUGAAUCCUUCUUUCUCAAUCCUUCUUUUUCAAUCCUUCUUAAUCAAUCCUUCCUUCUUUCUCAAUCCUUCUUCGUCAAUCCAUCUUUAUCAAUCCUUCUUUCUCAAUCCUUCCUUCUUUCUCAAUCCUUCUUUAUCAAUCCUUCUUUUUCAAUCCUUCUUAAUCAAUCCUUCCUUCUUUCUCAAUCCUUCUUUGUCAAUCCAUCUUUAUCAAUCAUUCUUUCUCAAUCCUUCCUUCUUUCUCAAUCCUUCUUUUUCCAUCUUUCUUUAUCAAUCCUUCUUUAUCAAUCCUUCCUUCUUUCUCAAUCCUUCUUUAUCAAUGCUUCUUUUUCAAUCCCGCUUUCUGAAUCCUUCUUUCUCAAUCCUUCUUUUUCAAUCCUUCUUAAUCAAUCCUUCCUUCUUUCUCAAUCCUUCUUCGUCAAUCCAUCUUUAUCAAUCCUUCUUUCUCAAUCCUUCCUUCUUUCUCAAUCCUUCUUUUUCAAUCCUUCUUAAUCAAUCCUUCCUUCUUUCUCAAUCCAUCUUUAUCAAUCCUUCUUUCUCAAUCCUUCCUUCUUUCUCAAUCCUUCCUUCUUUCUCAAUCCUUCUUUAUCAAUCCCUCUUUCUCAAUCCUUCUUUAUCAACCCUUCUUUUUUAA